AUGAUCAAGUCUACUUUGAUAUUCAGAGACGAUGGUCUUCCACUGUGCUCAUCGGUCGACGAUGACACCGAUCCCCUUCUUUCCGAACAGAGAAAGAAAGUGAAAGUUUUGGUAUCGAAACUAACGCCGAACAGCGCCGACGAGGCAACACUCGAGAGCGGGAACUUCGAAAUACACUAUGUGCGUGAAAACACGAUCGCAUAUUUUGUCAUUGCAGACAGAGGAUUCUCGCGCAAUCUGGCUUUUUCGUACCUCAAAGAGAUAUCCCAGGAGUUUGAACACUCGUACGGGAACGAGUACAGCAAGCUUUCGGUCCGGCCAUACGCUUUUGUCACAUUCGACAACUUUCUGCAGAAAACCAAAAAACUGUAUAGCGACAAGCGAGUGCAGAACAAUCUCGAUCAGCUCAACCAGGAUCUGAGCGGUGUCAAGCAGAUAAUGACCAAGAAUAUCGAGGAUCUGCUGUACCGUGGGGACUCUCUCGACAAGAUGAGCGAUCUGAGUGCGUCGCUGAAACAAAAUUCCAAAAAGUACCGGAAGUCUGCCCAGAAGAUCAACUUCGACUUGCUUAUCAGCCAGUACGCGCCAAUUGCCGUAGUAGCGUUUAUUUUUGUGUUUUUGAUCUGGUGGGUGUUCUUGAAAUAA